GUCGAACUAGAAAGAGUCAUGAAAUGUUCCAUAACUUGUUUUCUAUACUUAUUGUUUAUUGUAGUUUAUUAUAUUUCUAAAUGUCAUUCCAUAGUUCCUAAAGCUUAUAAACAUCAUAAGACAGGAAUUUAUCAUAAUCUUGUUGAAGUGUUGACGUACAAUCAUUCAUACAAAAGCUGUUAUAUUUUAACGGAAGCAUUAAAACGUUUUGAAGAACGUCUCACAUUAAUAAAACAAUAUCCUAAAGUUCCUAUUUGUUUACCAAAUUCUACAAUCGAUACCAUCAAAAUAUCAAUCACUAGGGGAUGUAACGAGUCAAAUGGUGAAUUAUGGCCUUCUGAAUCAAUCAUUGAGACGUAUUCACUUUUUAUUUUCAGUAAGAGAAUAAUCUUAAAAUCCGAAGAAAUCUGGGGAAUAUUACAUGGAUUAGAAACAAUACUUCCGUUAAUUUAUAGAAGUCCACUAGAGACAAACAUGAUUGAAGGUGGUCUCAUUUGGGAUGAACCAUCAUUUCCCCAUAGAGGAUUUUUAAUUGAUACAUCUAGACAUUAUUUAUCAUUGAAAGAGAUUGAGAAAUUCCUUCGAGCAUUUCACCCGUAUCUUUUAAUCUAUACGCCGAACGAUGUGAAAUAUUUAUUAAAUUAUGCUCGUUUACUAGGAAUAAGAAUAAUGCCAGAAUUUGAUACACCAGGAAUAAGAUGAGUCAAUUGUCUCCGCGAUGUUCUUAUAUUCCAAGAGAAAAAUCUCCAUAUUCAAUAUCUAGUCUUGAUGAAAAUGAAAUAGAUGAAGUUCGAAAGAAUUUAGAUCAUCUUAAAUCAUUAUUGAUACAAGUUAAAUGUCAACUCAAUUCUUCACCCAAUGAUGAAGAUGAUGAUGAUAAUAUGAUUGAUGAAAGAUUGUUUCCAAACACUUCUACUGAAUUGAGUCUUUUACAGAUUACUGAAGAGAAUACUGAUGAACAUGAAGAAAAGAUUGAUGAUUCAUGUCGAAAUUUGCCUCAUUAUACUACAUUUUCUGUGAAAAAAUCACACGAAUAUGCCGUGAGAAAUUGGUUACUAUCAAAUUUUAAUCACAUUUAACUACUUAUAUCGAUAAUAGUAGUUAGAAACAAUUGUGUUAAUUAAUUUCUGUGACAUAAAGAUUAAGUUUGUUUUUUUCUUUUUAAAUGUUGGGGACGUUAGAUCUUCAGAACUCAUUUGGAAAACGACGUCAUUGUGUAAUUUUAUUUAGAAAAUUUUAAUUUUUUUUUUCUUUUCGCGUUCUUAUCACCUUCCUGUGGUAUUUCCCAGUUAAGAAAUAUUUUAAAUGCUGUUGGUUCAUUGUGUCUUUUGGUAUGCUAUUUGAAAAGACUCCACGAGGACGGUUUUGUGCUUUAUAUAUAUGUUUUGAUUUAUGAUUAUUGUUGUCGCUGGUUUCUACCUGUUUGCAAAAUGUACUUCCCC